AUGAAAAUAACAACUGAUCAAAAGCAUUUAUCUGAUAAUACACUUACUGAGCAAGAAGCUAUCAGAUGUACAAAGAAAAUAGCCCGGAUAUUUGAGUUAUAUGAGCAAAAUUCGAAGGUGUAUAAUAUACUUUUUGGGGAAAUUGGGGUGCUAGCGAAAAAACUAGAUAAUUAUCAUUCUGAGUAUAUCAGCUUAAAAAAGACGAUAAAAAGACUGAAAAGAGAUGUAGAGUCCCUAAAGACUGAAUUAGAAGAUUUAGAUGAUUGUGUGGAUAAGGACACUGUGAUUGACUUAAUACAUAAUAUAGUUCCCUCGCUGAUUAAUGAAAAAGAUAAGAGUUCCUCCUAUUCGUCCAAGACUUCUGAAGAAUCUGAUUCGGCUAAGACAUUUGAGAUAAGAGAACGAAAGGCUGUUCCUCAUAAGCAACGAAGAAAGACACAGCCAAGAAAGAAAUUAAUUGAUGAGUUGAAUACCGAAAUUUUAGAUUCUACAGAAAAUAUUAUUACACAGUCAAGUUCAGUACCUACCGGUGAAAAUAAUCCUGAGUCAGUUGAUUUUCUUAACUUAUAUCGCCAGAUUGUAAAAGCUGAAGAUG